GAUCAUUUUUCGCUGCCAAGUUCAAUUCCAGUUCCGCAUACUUCGUUCUCGAUAAUUAAUACAGCAGUUUGCCACCCAAUAUAUACUUCUCUCUUAUUUAUCAACACCAUAACACCUUGUAAGAUGCAAUGGCGCCCUAUCACGCUACUAUUAUGCGGCACUGGUAUCAUUUAUUUAGCCAGCCUAAUUCAGGACAGUCCAUACCCACACCCAGUCAAAACAUACACAACCGAUGCAACUCGAUGGCGAGGGAAAGAAGCGCCCGAUGACGUCGUACUUUCGACCAUUGGUGAUCAUCUUUACCUCACUGCUCUUCGUUUUGAGAUCGCACAUUCAGGGCAGGAAGGUCUAACUCAUGGGACUGGUGCUUUGAAAACAGGCAUCAUUGGAAGUAUCACUCAGUUACGAAGGCCACUUCGAGUAUUCAUGCAGGAUCAUGUAAACAAGUCAAAAGGGUCAGAAGAUGGAUGGGUACGGAUGUUUGAACAUAGACUACCCGGUGCAAUAUCCAAAGUGUCAAUAGCGACACCAAGUGAGAGUGGACCUGAUGACAUACAGUUUGGUAUCUUAUAUCAUGUGAUUGAGGAUGAAACCAGCAAACACUAUGUGCGGAUAUACUAUGCAACGGAUGACAACCCGGCAUUUCAAUACAAGGAUAUCUUAAUGCCUGGUACAACCUGGAUCAGUGCAUUUAGUUUAGAGAGAAACGAGAUUUUAUAUUCUCGCGACCCAGAUACUUAUAGAUUCCGCACUGUUACAUUACCACCAGAUCUGACAUCGCCACCUCAUUCAAAUGAUGCACAAAAGAUCGUAGUAACUGAAAGUAUACCGGGCGAUCCUAUUCGAGAAUUUCAUCAGCCACGAAACACCGAAGAUCAUGAAUUAGCACUAUCUAGGAUAUAUUCAUCUUCACCGGAUACGUAUCGCGUCGUAACAGUGGACAUCCACAGAACAGAUUAUGCAUUUCACUGCAAUUUCACUUUGGUCGAUAACGUAACUACUAUUACACAAUUAUCUGAAUUGCGUGGAGAACGUUCAGAACCUGAAUGGACUAUUUGGCAGCAUCAGGGUUUUGAGCAACAAGUUUAUGCCGAAGAACAAGUUGACUACAUAGGAUUUGCUGACAUUUCCCAAAUUCAGCAAGAGCGGACGCGACUCAGUAUGCCACACCCUAUGUUUGCACGAUCCAACGAUGGUAAAGCUAUUGUUUUCCCAUUUGUCCAAACGCGAUUUCUGACACUCGAUUUCCUCGAUCAACGAGUUCAUAACGAGAACGGCGAGUUUCCAGAACUCUAUGACUGGCUACACAACGAUGUGCAAGGCCCAUACGAUGCUACGAUUGAGGGAAUCCAUAUAAACGAAAAGGGAAAUAUGUUGGCUGUGUGGACCGAUUAUAAAACAAUCUAUAUUUAUAAACGCGGGUCAGCCAACACGCAUCAAACGCCACGGAAAAAGCCGUCGCUGGUUGAUAGGAUUGAUAUCUGGCUGGAUGUGGGGAUUCCUGAAAGCGAGGAUGAAAUAAACCAUGAACGUCAUGAUAAGGCAUCGGCAAUACCUUGGAAAUUACGGAUGGCAAUCACACCUCAAGAGGGUGAAAUUCAUUCACGGCCGAUAAGUAGCGUGAAAUUUUGGAACGUAACAAGUAAUGGCCGGCAGAACAACUAUCUAUUGGUGGCAUUGAAAGGCGGUGGGGUGAACUCGUAUCUGGUAGACGAAGCAGAAGAGUAUCAAGAAGGCGACUUUGUGUCAUAUGUAAAAACAAGCUGGAACAUGGUCACGGCCAUGGUUAUGAUUAUUGGAGCAUUUGUACUUAAUGAAUAUCGCAACCACGCAUAGCAACAUAGUAUAUACACUUUUUCUAUACAUUUUCCAUACACACACACCACACGCACAUAAUAAUACCAUCCUUUCUAUAUACAUUGCAUCAUCCAUC